AUGGAGACGGACCACAUCGACAGCCUGCUGGAGCGCUACCUCGUCUUGCUGGACGAGUACACGGUCCUGCGCGAGCGCCUCGGCAAGGCCCAGGUCGGCAUGUAUCAGAACAUCGCACGAGCCAAUUUCUCCGCAGAGAGGGGCGUCCGAUACGGCCCCGACUACUACGAUGAGCGCAUGCGGGCUUCGAGGGUCCUCGACAUUUCUGCCAACCCCAGGGGUGUUCCCCGCUUCGAGGUUGUCCAGCCUGCGGAUGCCGUGACGGUGCCAAAGGCGGCGGGAGUGGAGGCGGAGGCGGAGACCCGCGAGGGGCGCGCGUCUGGUGACGCUGAUGAGGCUCCGCGUAAUGGGGCCGAUGAGGCAACAUCUGCUGAUGAAGCCAAGGGUGAGGCGGAAACGGAGAAGGAAGAGCAGGCGAAGAAGCAGAAGAAGAGCAGCGACCCUCUGCGGUGGUUCGGCAUCCUGGCGCCGUUGACUCUGCGACAGGCGCAAACGCUCUCGGUGCAGGCCGUACAGGACAUUAUCCCGCGGCUUGUCUCGGUGGAUGCCGAGAUGAAGGACGUGGAGAUCGAGGUCCGGCGGGCGCGGAAGAGGCGAGCCAAGGCCGAGGCCGCCCUCAAGAAGAGCGGCACGGAAGAGGUCUCCGAGACGGAUCGGCACGGCUUGCAUACCCCCCCGGUGACGGCCGUUGAAUCGACGUGA